CCCACAGACAGCCACCAUAAAAAUUAAAACCACGCCAAAACUAGCCAAUCUGCCAUGGAAAAUACCCAAGAGCCACGACUCCAAGUAGCCAUGGUUCCCACUCCGGGCAUGGGUCACCUGAUCCCACUCGUUGAGUUAGCCAAGCGACUCGUUCACCAUCACAACUUUGCCGUAACCUUCUAUGUACCCAGUGAUGGCUCCUCCAUGAAACCCCAAAAGCAACUCCUUCAGUCUCUCCCCAACUCCAUUUCCACCAUCUUUCUCCCUCCUGUGAGCUUCGAUGACCUUCCAGAGGAUGUCAAGAUCGAGACAAGGAUUGCUCUGAGUCUCACGCGCUCCAUCCCAAAUCUAAGAGACUCCUUCAAGGUAUUGACCGAGUCAACUCGGGUGGUGGCCAUGGUGGUUGACUUAUUCGGCAUGGACGCAUUUUCUGUAGCUAGAGAAUUCGGCAUCGAGCCAUACAUUCUCUUCCCAAGCACCGCCAUGGUGUUGUCUCUAGUCUUUCAUAUACCCAAGCUUGAUGAAAUGUUUGCCGACGAGUAUAGGUAUUUGCCUGAACCGGUCAAGUUACCAGGGUGCGUCCCGGUUCAAGGGAUCGAUCUGAUCGACCCGAUUCAAGAUAGGAAGAAUAUAGCCUACCAAGCGGUUCUCAGCCUCUGUAAGGGUCACCGAUUGGCUGCUGGGAUCAUGGUUAAUAGCUUCAUGGACUUGGAACCGGAUGCUUUCAAGGCUUUGAUGGAUCCAACAUCGAAUCUACCACCGAUUUGCCCCGUUGGACCACUGGUACAAACCGGUUCAGUACACCAAGUUAAUAAUGAUAAUAGUAAGUGUCUGAAAUGGCUGGAUGAACAGCCUAGUGGGUCGGUUCUCUACGUUUGUUUCGGAAGCGGGGGGACUCUUUCUCAGGACCAGGUAAAUGAAUUGGCGAUAGGCCUGGAAAUGAGCAGACAAAGGUUUUUAUGGGUCGUAAAAAGCCCACAUGACAAAGCUACAAACGCCACUUACUUCGGCGUGGACAGUAUUGGAGACCCUUUUGAUUUUUUGCCUAAUGGAUUCCUGGAAAGGACUAAAGGCGUGGGCCUGGUGGUCCCGUCUUGGGCCCCUCAGGCUCAAAUACUGAGCCGUGGCUCGACUGGAGGGUUCGUGACUCACUGCGGCUGGAACUCGACCUUGGAGAGCAUUGUGCACGGGGUGCCGUUGAUUGCUUGGCCUCUCUACGCUGAGCAGAGAAUGAAUGCAGUGCUCUUAGCCGAUGAUUUAAAGGUGGCAUUGAGGGAACCCAGAUCGGGUUCCUCACAAGGAACCGAGCUCUGGGUUCGAGAACCCAUAGUUCUCGAUUUCAUCGUGUUCCAAGCGUAUGAAGAGGCGCUUGGCGUUCUGCGUAAGCUUUCGUUGUCGGAGGAUCAAAACAGUACAUUCGAAAUUUUGUCAAAAACAGAGUGCGUGAAAUCAAUGGCAAUUAUCCUUCAAAGAGGAAGCGUCGAAACGAGGUUCGAUGCGUUAACGAUUUUCAAGAAAAUGGCGAAGACUACUUCUGGUUACAAUUGGAAUUUCUUGCUUCAAGAUUAAGGCAUAGAUUUCUUCAAAUCUCUAUUAGAGUUGGUUUCCAACGAGAUUUGCAGCAAGGCGAGUUCAUGUGCGCUGGAGUUUCUAAUCGAGAUCUUAGAAACGUCAAAGAAGAGCUGAUUCAAGGUGAUAAAGGAACCCUCACAAG